CCAACUCUUUGCUAUGCUGCAGAGACGACUCCCAGUGAAAAGGAUGGAUUGGUAGGCUAAGCGAUAUUUGCACGAUGCAACUGAUUGCAAAUGUUUACGAGCCGCUUGCUUUACAGAGAUCUUAUUUGUACGAUCUCAUUCAUCCGCGGAUGCUUUAAAUAUAUUGCAAAUGCUUUGUUUAUAAGAAACUGGAAUUGUCUCGGUUUUCUAUUCAACAUUUUUUUCUGUGAAGCGAUCGCCUUGGCCAGCUCAAAACCGAUGGUGCUAUCACGAACUUCAAAGCAAGCUACUGUCACACAUGUAACCUAGGUUGCACAUUGUAUUUUUACAUUUCGCAGAAACAAUUUGGGUUGUGAAACGACUUCCUUGCAGUAGAAUCAUUUCGUAAUAUAGCCCCAAGGAAUAACCAUGUUAUCUCAAACGAAAAUAAAGAAGGACAAGGAGAUUAUUGGAGAUUACGAGACUCAAGUGAAAGGCUGCCUAUUCAACGGUAAACUACAUUUCUGCAACCCUGCUAGAGAGGCAUAGAUGGAGACCAAAUGUGAUGCACCUGAGCCUGCAGCCUGAUGACCACCAGUGGCAUCCCUAAAGAGAUCCGUAACCAGCUGGUGGAGCAGUUCCGCUGUCUGGAGCAGCAGUCUGAGUCCAGGCUGCAGCUGCUGCAGGACCUGCAGGACUUCUUCCGCCGCAAGGCCGAGCUCCAGCUGGAGUACUCUAGAGGCUUGGACAAACUGGCUGAGCGCUACUCAGCCAAGAUCCGCAGCUCCAGAGAACAUCAGCACUUGAAGAAGGACCAGAACCUUUUGUCAACAGUGAACUGCUGGUACAUGGUCCUGAACCAGACCCGGAGGGAGAGUAGAGACCACGCCACGCUCAGCGACAUCUACAACAACAACGUCAUCAUUCGGCUGGCUCAUGUGGGAGAGGAUGUCAUCCGCCUCUUCAAGAAGAGCAAAGACAUUGGAGUCCAGAUGCAUGAAGAGUUGGUGAAAGUGACAAACGAGCUCUACACUGUGAUGAAGACCUACCACAUGUACCACACCGAGAGCAUAAGUGCUGAGAGCAAAUUGAAGGAUGCAGAGAAACAGGAAGAGAAACAGAUCGGAAAAGCCAAUGAAGUGACCACCAGCCUCCUGCGUCCUGACGACCGCCCCCAGCGACGCAGCUCCGUGAAGAAGAUGGAGAAGAUGAAGGAGAAGAGACAAGCCAAAUACUCUGAGAAUAAGCUGAAGUGCACAAAAGCUCGCAACGACUAUCUGCUCAACCUGGCAGCUACCAACGCUCUGGUGGCCAAGUACUACAUCCACGAUGUCUCUGACAUGAUCGAUUGCUGUGACCUGGGUUACCAUGCCAGCCUGGCGCGUACGCUGAGGACCUACCUGUCUGCAGAGUACAGCCUGGAGACGUCUCGUCACGAGGGCCUGGACCUGCUGGAGGGGGCCGUGGACGCCAUGGACAUCCGAGGAGACAAGCACAGGGUCAUGGACAUGCACAGCCAGAUCUUCUGUCCUCCCGCAUGCUUCGAUUAUCAGCCACACAUGGGGGAUGAGGUGUGCCAGGUGAGCGCCCAGCAGCCUGUUCAGACGGAGCUGCUCAUGCGCCACCACCAGCUCCAGUCUCGUCUGGCCACGCUGAAGAUCGAGAACGAAGAGGUGAGGAAGACCCUGGACGCCACCAUGCAGACGCUGCAGGACAUGCUCACUGUGGAAGACUUUGACGUGUCAGAUGCGUUCCAGCACAGCCAAUCAACGGAGUCGGUGAAGUCGGCCUCCUCUGACUCGUACAUGAGCAAGGUCAACGUGAGCAGGAGACGGGCUCACCAGCAGGAGACCGAGGGCUUCUACUUCACAAAAUUUAAAGAGUACCUAAAUGGUAGCAACCUGGUCAUUAAGCUGCAGGCCAAGCAUGACCUUCUGAAGCAGACGUUAGGAGAAGGGGAGAGGGCUGAAUUUGGAACAACGAGGCCCCCCACUCUUCCCCCUAAACCCCUGCGAAUGCCGAAGUCUAGACCCCGCAGCCUUUUUAACCGUAAGCUGUUUAACGGCAAUAUGGAGGCCUUCAUCAAGGACACAGGGCAGGCCAUCCCUGUGGUGGUUGAGAGUUGUGUCCGCUACAUCAAUCUCUACGGUAUUCAGCAGGAGGGCAUAUUUCGAGUUCCAGGAUCCCAGGUGGAAGUCAAUGACAUUAAAAAUUCAUUUGAAAGAGGUGAGGACCCCUUGGUGGACGAUCAGAGCGAUCAUGACAUCAACUCAGUGGCAGGCGUCCUCAAACUAUACUUCAGAGGGCUGGAGAAGCCCCUGUUCCCUGAAGAACGCUUUCUCGACCUCAUAUCCACUAUCAAACUGGAGUCGGGGCCCGAGAGAGCUCAUCACCUCCAGCAGAUCGUAGUGACUCUGCAGCGUACUGUCAUCAUUGUGAUGAGAUACCUGUUUGCUUUUCUCAAUCAUGUGUCCCAGUACAGCGAUGAGAACAUGAUGGACCCCUACAACCUGGCUAUCUGUUUUGGCCCCACCCUGAUGCCAAUACCAGACGACCAGGACCCUGUGAGCUGCCAGGCGCACGUCAAUGAGGUCAUCAAGACCAUCAUCAUUCACCAUGAGGUCAUUUUCCCGAGCCUUCGGGAGCUAGAUGGGCCAGUGUAUGAGAAGUGCAUGAGCGGAGAGGAGGAGUACUGUGAUAGCCCCCACAGUGAACCCGGUGCCAUAGACGAGGUGGACAAUGGCACAGGACCUCCCACCAGUGACGAAGAGCUGGAGCAGAUUGAGGCCAUUGCUAAGUUUGACUACGUGGGCCGCAGUCCCAGGGAGCUGUCCUUCAAGAAGGGGGCCUCCCUGCUGCUCUACUUGAGGGCCUCCGAGGACUGGUGGGAGGGCCGCCACAACGGCCUGGACGGCCUGAUCCCACAUCAGUACAUUGUGGUGCAGGACAUGGACGACACGUUCUCCGACAGUCAGAGGCCUGAGCAUGAGAGCAGCAGUGGAGCCCACCAUGAGGACAGACCCUCCUCCAGGAAUGAGGAACACACGCCGGAGCACCGCUUCGGGGCUGCCCUGGGAAGGGUGAGAGUGCGCUCGGAUGGAGCGGCCAUCCCCAGGCGUCGGAGUGACACCCACAGCCCCCCCACAAGUUCUGACCCCCCCCCUCGAGUCUUACCCCGCCCCUGCAGCCCUCACAAGAUGGCUGUCAGCAGAGUCCACGUGGACAGUCCCGAGAAACGCAGACUCACCACAUUUGGCAGUGCUGGCAGCAUUAACCACCCUGACAGGAAGGGGUUUGCUGAUGGCCACAGACCGUUACCCAGCACCACCCGCCACAGCAGCUUGGGGGACCACAAGUCGCUGGAGACAGAAGCUCUGGCCGACGACAUAGAGAAAACGAUGAACACAGCCCUGCAUGAGUUACGUGAGCUGGAGCGUCAGAACGUGGCCAAGCAUGCCCCUGACGUGGUCCUGGACACCCUUGAGCCCCUGAAGCACCCGUCAGGGCCUUCAGAGAGUUCCGGAAGCCCCCUCCACACCAUGGUGAUCAGGGACCCCGACGCAGCCCUGCGUCGCAGCUCCUCCAGCUCCUCCUCCGAGACCAUGACCACCUUCAAACCAGCUCUGUCGGCACGGCGACCCAACGCCCCCCUCAGACCCCAGCCGGUGCGACCUGUACGCCCGGCGCCUGUCCACGGUCAGAGCCAGCACCACGGCCAGGGCCCAGGGCCCGGUCAGCACCGCUCCAGCAGCUCCAGCUCCUCCGGGCUGGGCAGCCCAGCCAUCACCCCCACAGACAGGGUGUUCCCCAAGGCCCCAUCCCCAUCCCCCUCCACCUCCUCGUCCUCCUCAGACAAACAGGGCAACAUGUAGGCAGUAGGAAGCCCAGUGCAGCCUCACGUCAUCAUCGCCUGAACAUUGACCACCAUCACAGUGUUGCAUCCCCAAGCCACAGUAGGCCCGCUGUAAUUCUACCCAUGUUGACGUUUCAGUGAAGUUCUAAUGGGUCACUCAGAAGCACGACUAUAUAUUAAUCAUAUAACCGAACAAAUGUUACUCUAGUACACUGUGUGGGGGUUGCCUCAGAAGUGAUGCACUGGACCUGUCAAUGCCCUCGUCCUCUAUAGCACAGUAGUCCUCCGAGGGGAUUCAUGUUACAUCCUCCAAUUCAGUCUUGAGCAGUGAGACUGCUGUGACCCACCUGGACUGGGAUCACAUUUCUCGGUGGACUGUGAGACUAGAUGCAGACUUAAUGUCUCUCCAUCUCCAGAUUAGCCGUGUUACCUCAAGAACAGAGAACAGAGUGAUGCACUGAUAUUGAUAGACUGCUACUAGCCUGUACUGGUAGAUCUUGUUUGUGUAUUGGUCCUCUGCCAGAGUCAGGUAGGUUCUGACGAUAUAUAAGGACCUGUGAAGCUUACCUGUACUUAUUGAACUAGAUUUCAGAGUAUAAUCAGGCUCGUUGUUUUUUGGGACUUGUACAAUAUAGGCCUUAAUGGGCUAGCUUGCUUAAGGUGGUGUUCCGUGUCUGUCUUAUAAAGGAUUAUUAGCAACAUGUUUAAAACGUAAUAGGUACGUUCAGAUAAAAAAUAUCCAUAACAGUAAAAAGUACCCGUAUGAAUAACAUAUGAUCAAAACAGGAUAUAUUAUUGUUCCUAGUGAGUAGAUUUUGUAACUCGUUGCACAGAUAUUGACAGAGCAAGUUACUAAUUCUCGGGAAUCCUUCUAUAAAAUAUUCUCUUGAUA